GCUCCCCUUCCCUAGGCCAACAGAUUUAGGUACCCAUGUUUACAUAACAUACAAUAAACAGUAAAAUGGAGCAACAGGAGUGGGGCUCAGGGAUGAUGGUUUUGAGCUCCAUGUGUGCGUGGCCUGGUAGAGACACCCACAGCAAGGCGGCCUCCCAGAACGGAGCAAUGGCCCAUUCCAGAUGCGACGGUACAAGGGCGGAAAUUUGGCACUAGCAGGUUCCUGGGCAGAUCGGUCACCGCUGCACGAAGCAGCAAGUCAAGGUCGUCUUCUCGCUCUGCGAACAUUGUUAUCACAGGGUUAUAAUGUAAAUGCAGUAACUAUAGACCAUGUCACCCCCUUGCACGAAGCCUGCCUCGGAGACCAUGUGGCGUGCGCCAGAACUCUACUGGAAGCUGGAGCUAAUGUAAACGCCCUCACGGUAGAUGGAGUGACUCCGUUAUUCAACGCAUGCUCACAAGGCAGUACUAGCUGUACGGGACUUCUUUUGGAAUAUGGUGCCAAGCCCCAGCUGGAGUCGUGUCUUCCUUCUCCCACCCACGAGGCCGCCAGUAAAGGUCAUCAUGAAUGCCUAGAAAUACUGAUAUCCUGGGGCAUAGACGUUGACCAAGACAUUCCUCAUUUGGGAACUCCUCUUUAUGUGGCUUGUAUGUCACAGCAGUUCCACUGUAUCCGGAAGCUUCUUUAUGCGGGUGCUGAUGUACAAAAAGGCAAAUACUGGGACACUCCAUUACACGCUGCUGCCCAACAGUCCAGCACCGAAAUUGUAAACUUACUGCUAGAAUUUGGAGCAGAUAUCAAUGCCAAAAACACAGAGCUUCUGCGACCUGUAGAUGUAGCUACUUCUAGCAGUUUGGUGGAAAGGCUAUUGCUUCAACAUGAAGCGACUCCAAGCACUCUUUGCCAACUUUGCCGACUCUGUAUCCGAAACUACAUAGGAAGACCAAGAUUGCACCUUAUCCCACAGCUCCAGCUGCCGACAUUAUUGCAGAACUUCUUACAGUAUCGAUAAUGCAGUAAAAUAAUUCUGAAUUCUUUCAAA